CAUAUGCACGGUUACAGCGGUGCUUGUGCACGGCGGUGUCUGGGUGCAGGCAGCUCGGAUGGAGGCAGCAGCAGCAGCUCCUCCAUGCGGCUGCGCGUCGCACCGCUCGGCCCGCUGGUUAAUAUGGAAUAUCUGCACGGAUCCAGCGGCCAAACCGUUUGCACUGGCGGAAAAAAGGAGGCCUGUAGUAGCGCAAAUUAGAAAAGCAGCUCAUUUUGCCGGUUCUUUAUGGCUUCUGGCUCCAAAGAUGAAGAGGGAAACACGGAAGGCGGUUCGUGGAGGCUCAUAGGCCCGGCCUCGGAGCUCUCCAGGAAGCGCUGCCGCUUGAUGCACUCUUCUCUCGGCUACGACUUCUGGUGUGUGCCUCUUCUACGUAAAGGGGAGUUCUUUGCCAUGGAUGCUCGAUGCUCACACUCCGGUGGUCCUCUGUGUGAGGGGGACAUUGAGGAGGCUGAAGGAGUCCUGCAGGUCUUCUGUCCAUGGAAUGACUAUGACUUUGACCUCAGAACUGGAAAUCAGGACAUCACUACAGGUUCCAUACUUCAGCAACAAGUGUACGAAGUCAAGCUGGAGGACGGUAACGUGUACGUAAAGCACCCAAGUCAUCUCUCCUUACAGCCUUUUCCUGCAGAAGAGAAAAGCUGAACAACAACCUCAGUGCUGUUGCUGCUGCCUCUUCGUCCUCCUGCCGUCCAGCCCUUUGUGAGACUUGUGUAGUCCGGUCGGGCUGUUUUUAAGAUCUGUUCCACAAACCCAAGCCAUCCGAAAACAUUCCUAAGCCUUAUCUUUUAUGUCUCAGAGCUGUUUCUACUUUGACCGCUGUGAACUCAGGACCCUAUCGAGAAGACUGUCUGAAGAGGACAUGAGAGAUGAAAAUGUUUUUCUUGAGCUUUUCUUGCCGGCAUUCAGGUACAGAAUCAUCACUGGCACUGAACAUGAAGAGACAUGAACUUAUUACAGACCUUAGUAGCACACCGGACAGUAGCAAGCAUCAAAUUUGACGGCAUGGAAUAUCAUUUUCCAAUAUAAUUUUGCAGUUUUUUAAUACUGCCAUUUUUUCUGGUGCAGAUAUUAGAGUAAAUGUAAAGUGGUUUGAUCUUCACAUUUGAGGAGUCUGAUUUGCACCAUUCCUGAAACUCAACAACUGUUGGGGAUCUGAAAAAUGUAUUUCUCAUAUGCUCUUUUUGCAUAUUUUAUUGCACUUGUAUGGACCAGCAAGCAAAUCUCUCCUCUUUGGACAUACUGAAGACAUUCACAAAUGACUUUAAUCAAAACAUGAAAUUAUCAUUUGCAAAACUCCGUCUAGAAUUGCUCUUAUGAGAUGAAUUUUUAGUGCACCUACUAAUGAAGCCUUUGUGUUUUGCAGUCAUGGCAGAGGAAUUACUCAUUAUAAUUAUGCAAAAUGCAGCUCUAAUUAAGUAAUUUGAAAAAGCAGUUAAAAUGGAGAGUAAAUUGAAUAAAAAUUGAGCAGCAGCAUCUUGACGUUUUGACAAGAUGCGUUAGACAAUCAUUAAUUGUGGCAUGUUUGUAACUUUGAAAGUCAGACAGACAGGUUAUUGGCAUAAGCAGUACAGGUUUUCCUUUAUAAAGCAUACAUUUUGGGUGCAACCGUGUAAUGGUAAAGUAUAAUGACAGUUUCUUUCAACCGCUAAGACAUAAACAAGCUGCACUGUCUCACGGUCUUGUUCCGAUCGACCGAAGGUGCUUUUCCUAUCCUCAACAAAACAUCACCUGUAGUUCCACCAGUGACUGACAGACAUGUUGAGUUGUGGUUUUGGAUAAAUUCAAACACUUUAUUCCAGUGAAGUCAUGCAGCAGAAACUCCUUUGCAGAAUUUGUCCCUCAACUGUUUUUUAACCCAAUUAGAGCCCAGGCAAUUAGAACACACAUGAAGGACACUGUGGUUAUGAUCGUUGGCCGUUCCAGUUCUGAGACGUCUCCAUCAGCAUUUCUCUCCAUUCCUGGCUUUUGCUCAGACAGGUUUGUCUGCUACUGACGCAAUGGGAUUUAAGAGGCACGGUUAGUAAGGCGCCGGAGGAAGGUUCACGACCUGAAAUGCACCAUUGACUCAAGAAAAAAGUAUUUUUCUAGCUGUGUAUGUGUGCGCGCACACUGAUGCAAGAGUGUUUUCUUUAUUCCUCAGUGGUGAGAGCAGUCACUCACUAUAUUUUCUGUCAACUCUGUUUUCUGGCAGAUGCACAGAGGCCAGUCAUGAAGGUGUCAAUGACAGUGUGGCUCGACAAGCUAGUUUUUCUCCCUACUGUGCUGCCCUUUGUGCAACUUAUCAUAAUUCCACUGGCUAAAAAUGUGCAUUAUGUGCACCAGAGGUAUCACUUUGUUGCGGUAUAACUCAUCACCUGGAGUUUAAUGGGCACGCACAGUGGAGAUGCAACUAUUUUGUGUCUGGAGAAAGUCAAAGUAAGCACUGUCUGCAAUUCUGCAGGAGUGGUUUCUACAUUAUUACAUGUUGACAUGACAUCGCUGGAGUCUCCUAAAACACUGAGGGAAAACAGCAUUCUUGUCAGGUUUUUGUUAUAUAUUUCCUGAAAAUGUGUUUUGUAUGCUUUGCUAAUUUGAUGUAUUUUGUCUUUCACGUAUGCAUCUGGCCUUUAAGUUAAAAACAUUUGCCAUUCUCCAGACUGCAUAUGCAAUCUAUCUGUUUUAUGAUAGUAUUGAUUUGUUUGCUGUAAACUGUGCUUGUAACUUAUGCAAAGCUGAAAUUAUGUUUAUCAGUGUUAUUUAAUUCAUAAAUUUAAUUAUUCUCUCAGAA